GAGGGGUGAGAGAGAGGCAAAGCGGCGAAGCCCUGCCGGAUUUUCAAGCCGGCGACUGCAGGUAUGGCCGGGGUUACUCCUGCGUUGCUGGACCCAACAAUAGACUCGGGUCACCAGUCAUUCCUUGCUGUGGUUCAACACCAACAACUAAACGUGCUGCAUCCACGUCCACCUGCAGAGUUAGUUCCUGUAGACCUACGAUGGGUGCCCAGGCUGAGCGAGGCAGGUCUUCUCACUGUGGCUCGUCUUGCUGAGAGUGCUUUGGUGAAGCUAGACAGGUCUCUACUUUCAUCUCUCGUUGACAGAUGGAGACCUGAGACACACAUGUUCCACCUCCCUUGUGGGGAGAUGGCACCGACCCUGCAGGACGUUGCGAUGCUGCUUGGUCUUUCUAUCACCGGAGACGCUGUUGGGCCCCGCGUGGUACCUUCUACGUGGCUGGAGGAUCUUGAGGAAUGUUUUGCAGGUGUUACCACCACGAUUGAUCCUGAAGAUUUCAAUGAGCAUCCACAGUCGAAAGGCCCUUCGAAGUCAUGGCUCAUACAGUUUCAGCCGGAUCUGUUGGCAGCCGAUGCUAAUGAGUACAACGUGACUAGAUCACUCGAGGCAUACCUGCUGUGGUUGUUUGGGUACAUCAUGUUCAACAACUCACACGGCCACUGUGUGGAUAGGGUGCUUCUGCCCUACGCACAGGAGAUCGCCGAUGCAGAUGAGGAUGCCAUACCCUUAUAUAGUUGGGGUUCAGCGGUUCUUGCAUGCAUAUAUCAUGGACUCUGCAAGGCAUCACGGCAGAAUGAUAGGAAUGCUGUCCUAACGGGGUGCCUAAUUCUGCUACAGCUUUGGUCUUACGAGAGGAUUGCUAUCGGUCGUCCCAUGAUUGACCAGUCACCAUACAAGCCGGAUAUGUACGGUGACACGGAGUACGACAGACCCACCAUGGGGACUCUCUGGUACUCUCGGCAGAAAACAUGGGCACAUGUACAGACCCGACAGUCUUAUCCUGAGUUUGUUGUGGAAUUUGAUCAAUUGACCCCAGAAGAUAUUAUGUGGGAGCCAUACAGUCCUUUGGCUAUAGCCGCACGUGCACCGCUUGGGAUAUCUUCGGUGUGCACACAGGACCAGGGCCUAUGGAUGACUACUGCAGCUUUGGUGUACGACGUUGCAGUUGAGGCCCACUACCCGGAAAGAGUCAUGAGGCAGUUCGGUCGACGCCAGUCUUUCCCUGUGUCUUCAGCGUUGGAUCGUGUUCAGUGCCACGAUCAUAGUUUAUCAAGGGCUGGACAUCCUUUCUCGACAAUGUGGGUCACUAGAUUACAACCGUGGGUGGCUGCGUGGGAUGAUGCAGACGAGCAGUUGGCUGAGGAUACCGGUCCACACACUGAGUCUUCGUUUCUGGCGUACUUGACCUGGUAUGAACCGAAGACUCGUUGCCGUUUGACGUAUGUUGACAUGCAUCCACAGCCGCAUGUUGCGACUUCGCAGGAUGGCUAUACACGACACAAGGAUGAGGCAUUAGCUGGGGCGUUCGAAAUGUGUAGGUUGCUUGAAUUAGAUUGCUCACUGAAUGUAAUGAGGAUUUAUGGCGGGUCUACGAUGAGCAUGCCGGCACAACUCGAGGCCUGGAUCAUUCAACGUGAUAGAGCCCGAGGCAUCCAUCAGGCCUUUGGUACGCGGACGGAGUACGAGGAUUCCUACGGAUCGUCGCAAGCGUCGACGUCGGUUCCUUGUGGUCCCGCAUGGCAGCAGCCUCCCUUAUACCACCGACAGUACGAAGGAUCACAACAGUUCACCGGAGCGGGGCCGUCUUCGUAUCACCCUAUGCCGCCACCAGGAGGAUAUGAAGGAGCUUCUUCCUAUCCACCACCACCACCACCUCCAACACAGGGGUGGUCUCAAGACAACGACGUGGCCUCCUUCGAUGACUUUACACGGUUGUUUGCUACGCCUACCCAGGACGAUGAUCCCAGCUUGCAUACACCUGUGGCUCUGUUACGCCGUCCUGCCAGAGAUGUGAGGCCACCAGACCGUCAUAGCUACCCUACAGAUCACGUACACGCACAACAUAAGAGAGGUCGGAAUGGUAGGUGUGGUUAGUUAUUGGCACUUAUUUCUCUAUUGUUAUUAUGGACUAUUUCGACAGUUUGGAUUAUGGUUGUUUAUGAUUGUGGUAAUUUACUUGUCAUUUGUUUCUAUAGAUAUUAUUGAUGUGAACUUGUUA